UUUUUUAUUCAACAAUUAAAAUUUUUGAUUAAUUUACUUAAUAAUUUAACAAUUUUGAAAAAACAAAACACAAUUUAACAAUUAAAAAUUAAAAUCUCUCCUCCUUGCCCCUUAGAAAUCGUCCCCUUCUCAUUUCAUGAUCCCUACGCCAAUUUCAGCACCAAUGACAACUUCAGGUACAACUUCUUCAAAUCCUCCACCUUAUCCUCCGUCGCCUCCCUCCCCGAGAACCCCCAAAUCUACGACCUCUCCGAGAUCCACUCCGCCACCUCUAACUUCCUCUCACACCGCCGCCUCUCCUCCUCCUUCACCUCCUCCUCCUAGCGCUGCUUCCUUCGCUCCAAAGGUACUGUCAUCUUCUAGCACAAAUCCGGCUUCCCCAUCUCCCUCCCCGACCUCGAGCGCCACCUCUCCCUCAACUCCAAAUCCCACUACUCUAGCCGCAUUAAGCUCCUAGGCAGCAUUUACCUCAUCUACGAAUUUGUUGUCGGUGCUAACCUCUUCGACUGCCUCCGCAACCCGAAGAACCUGAGCUACACCAUCCUGUCAUCGUGGCUCUCCCAGAUGUAGGUGGCUACUGACCUCACCCACAGCCUCGAUUACUUCCACCAUCCACGAAGGGGGACGAUUUUUGGGGACAAUUGUUAUCCUCACGCAUGAUUCCUGGGGGUCGGUUGUUAAAUUCUAAAAUAAAAAAAUUAAUUUUUUACUCUAGUUAGAGAAGCAGUGAGCCUCGCUCCUACCAUGUCAUCAGUUAACACCCAAAUUAACAGAAAAUGUAACGGAAAUCUGACAAUGCAACGAAUUCAUGAGUUGAGGUUUGACAUUGAAUGUUUUAUACAUGAGGUAUGAGAUUGUGAUUCGACCUAUAAUUGAGGUAGUUUUGUAUAAUUUACCCUAAUUGUUAUUAUAAGAAGGGCGAUGGUGCUGCAUCAUUCACAUAUAUAUUAAUGUAUGAUGGGCGAUUAUUCCACUAAUCAUAUUAAUAACAAUGAUAAGGAAAAAGUAAAUAUUAACUUACUAUACUUCCCCUUCUUCCUCUUUUGUCAACAGUUUAGUACAUCUAAAUUUUCUUUUCUUUUUCCCUAAAUUAAUGGCACCAUGAUUUCCACCUUUUAAAUUUUGAAUAAAAGAAAUCUGGUGAGAUUUUUGUACAAGUCUUAAGCUACUGUCUUUUGUGUCGACCUGUGCCACCUAACUUUGAAUCACUUAUUUUCUUUUCACAUGCCAUUCGUUGCUAAUAAUAAUAGUUAUAUAAUCAAAUGUAUAUUUGCUUUAAGAAAAUUAGUCGUACAGAAGUAUGAAGAUAAAGUAAAAAGAUUUUCUUAUCUGUGAGAUUCUAGCCGACAGAGGUGGGAGGUAGUAGUGCUUUACCGGAUUUAUGGCGUUGUUUUUUUCACCUACAUGAGAGAUCUUCUUGUUGAUAAUGAGUUGUGAAAUUGAGGAUAUGUGUGCAAUGGAACAUAAAGUAAAUAAGACACAAUAUUUACGAGGUUCGGCAAAUGUACCUACGUCCUCGGGCUAGCAGUACUACUUUCUCUCAUUAUCUGAAAUAAUAGGAGUACAAUAAUAACUCUCACUAUUUGCUUUUCUCUUUCUAGCCCAUCUCAUUGGUAAUUUCUUCCACAUCUCUCUUCUUUCCUCUUCUCUUCUCUCUCUCUGAUAUUGAAUUAUGAGUUUACAAUCAACGGAUGAACCUCCUUUUAUAAUUUUUUUCAUUUGAGAGAAUAAUGUAGCAACACUAUUCACUUUAUUCAAUUUUUUUCAAAUAAUUAGCACAUAAAGUAAUCCAUCUCAUUUUUAUUCAAAUGAGUACUAAUUUUCCCCAACUUUGAAAGUACGGGUAGUGAGUCUUAAUUUGCACCCGUAAAUAUGGCUGUUUGGUUGCCCAGGCUUUCAAAUUUGCUCAUAUCAUUUGAAAUGAACUUACCAAGAAGACUAAGCCAACUGAACCACCUCAACAACUUCACAUCUUCUUCUCAAUCCUUCACUGAGUUUUACUCUUCUCUGAUUCAACAAUGCAUACACACAAGGUCCUUGAUGGACGUUGGAAUUGUUCAGACCCAUAUGAUCAAAUCCGGUUGCAUUCACCUCUCUGUAGGCAACAAGCUCGUCGAUGCGGGCUUGAAGUGUGGGAGCAUUAGCUAUGCACGCGAACUGUUUGAUGAAUUGCCCGAGAGGCACGUUGUCAUAUGGAACUCGAUGAUAUCUUCUUAUGUUGGCCGUAAAAAAAGUAAGGAAGCAAUUGGUUUGUAUGAGAAGAUGGUAUUGGAUGGAGUUUUCCCAGAUGAGUUCACGUUUUCAAGCGUUUUCAAGGCUUUUUGUAAUCUGGGACUUGUGAAUGAAGGGCGGAGGGCUCAUGGGUUGGCAGUGGUUUUAGGUCUGGAGGUGUCGAACGUGUUUGUUGCUAGUGCUCUUGUUGACAUGUACGUGAAGUUUGGGAGAAUGAAAGAUGGGCGGUUGGUGGCUAAUCGUGUUGUGGAUAAGGAUGUUGUUUUGUUUACAACGUUGAUUGCUGGUUACUCUCAGCAUGGUGAUGAUGGCGAAGCUCUAGAUGUUUUCAGGAACAUGAUCAAGGAAGGAAUUAAGGCUAAUGAAUAUACUUUUGCUAGCAUCUUGAUCUCUUGUGGGAAUUUAGAUGAUUUAUCUAAUGGUAAAGUGGUCCAUGGUCUUGCUAUCAAGUCGGGUUCUGAACUCGCUGUAGCUUCACAGACAUCACUUCUAACUAUGUAUGCUAGAUGUGGAUUGAUUGAUGAUUCUCUAAGGGUUUUUAAAGGGUUUCUGAAUCCAAACCAGGUAACUUGGACAUCUCUUAUUGUGGGUCUUGUAAGAAAUGGAAGAGAAGAGUUGGCUUUGACAAAGUUCAGAAAAAUGAUCCGCAGUUCAAUAGUUCCGAAUUCUUUCACAUUAUCUAGUGCUCUUCAAGCAUGCUCAAGCCUUGCUAUGAUCGUUGAAGGAAAACAAAUCCAUGCUAUGGUCACAAAGUUUGGAUUGGACAGAGACAUAUAUGCUGGUGCUGCUCUUAUUAACUUGUAUGGGAAAUGUGGAAGUACAGAAAUGGCAAGGUCUGUUUUUGAUGACUUAAUCGAAAUUGAUGUGGUAUCCAUGAACUCCAUGAUAUAUAGUUAUGCCCAGAAUGGAUUUGGACAUGAAGCACUUCUACUUUUCAAUGGAAUGAAAGACUUGGGACUUGAGCCAAAUGAAGUAACAAUUUUGAGUGUUCUCUUGGCAUGCAACAAUUCAGGGUUGGUUCAAGAAGGCUGCCAAAUCUUUGCUACUGUUACGAAUAAUCAUAAUAUUGAGUUGACAGUAGAUCACUAUGCUUGCAUGGUUGAUUUGCUGGGGCGUUCUGGGAGACUUCAAGAGGCCGAAGCACUAGUGAAACAAGUCAGGAAUCCAGAUGUGGUAUUAUGGAGAACACUGAUUAGUGCAUGUAAACUUCACGGAGAGAUCGAGAUGGCAGAAAGAGCUUCUAAUAAAAUGCUUGAACUUGCUCCAGGUGACGGGGGUUCUCAUAUCCUGUUGACAAAUGUUUAUGCUUCAACUGGUAAUUGGAGUCAAGUCAUUGGGAUGAAAAGCACAAUGAGGGAUAUGAAAUUCAAGAAGAAUCCUGCAAUGAGUUGGGUUGAUGUAGACAGGGAGGUUCAUACUUUCAUGGCUGGAGAUUUGUCGCAUCCAAGAUUGAGAGAGAUAAAUGAAAUGUUAGAAAAUUUGGCGGACGGGGUAAAAAUUUUGGGUUAUAUUCCUGAUACAAGAUUUGUGUUGCAAGAUUUGGAUGAGGAGCACAAGAAGAGGUCUUUGCACUCUCACAGUGAGAAGCUAGCUAUUUCCUUUGCUCUGUUGAUGAGUAGUAAUAAGGAUACUGUUAUCAGGAUAUAUAAGAACCUUAGAGUCUGUGGGGACUGUCAUUCCUGGAUAAAAUUUGUCACCAAAGUUGUUGGGAGAGAAAUAAUUGCUCGGGAUGCCAAGAGAUUCCAUCAUUUUAAGGAUGGAUUUUGUUCCUGUGGAGACUAUUGGUGAAUACAAAUUAUACAAUUCAGAUGUAUACAAGGCUCCAUUGUGUAGUUGUCGAUUUUACUGUUAGAUUGGCAAGGUUAUUGAUCUUGUCUUCUGAUUGAUUGGCUGUAACUAAUCACUUUGAGUUCCCUGUGUGGGAAGCUGCUCCCACAUGAUUGAUCUUCAUCCUAGAUAGGGCAUUAGUGCUUUCUCUCGUUCUUGAAUCGAUUGGAAUGAAUACAUAUUCUCAGUAUUUGAGUCAUUCAA